AUGGGAUUCCUCACAUUUAAUCAGUCUAGGUCUUGGAUGGUCGCCUCGAAGCUGCAAAAGCGUUCGCUCCUCAUUGCAGUCAAUGGCUUGGCCGGCAUGUCCAUAUUCUUCUUCGGUUACGAUCAAGGGCUUAUGGGCGGUGUGAAUCAGAGUACUGAUUACAUCUAUCGCAUGGGCUUGGGUCAUAUUGGCCCGGACGGAAGCCCUGUUAUCACCGAAACACUCCUCCAGGGAGGAAUCAUGGCCAUAUUCUACCUCGGUACGCUAGUCGGCUGUCUUGCAGGUGGUGCUUUUGGCGAUAAAUACGGACGCAUUGGUACUGUUGGUCUAGGAGCCGCGUGGGCCAUCUUUGGCGCUGCUCUUCAAUCAUCUGCUAUGAACCCAUCUUGGAUGCUUGGUUCUCGUUUCGUUAACGGUAUUGGAACUGGCAUACUCAAUGGUAUCGUGCCAGCUUGGGCGUCUGAACUUGCCGACCAUACGAGCCGAGGAACCUUUAUUGCUAUGGAGUUCACGCUGAACAUCUUUGGCGUUGUGGUGGCAUACUGGCUAGCGUAUGGCGUCAGCUUCAUCGAUAACGGCGAGUCCGAAAUCCGCUGGCGCUUCCCCAUCGCUUUCCAAAUUCUUCCCCUUCUGUUCCUUCUUGUCGUUUGCUGGGCGUUCCCAGAAUCCCCUCGGUGGCUGGUUAAGGCUGGCCGAAACCAAGAGGCUCUAUUUAUUUUGGAACGCCUCCGAGGUACGGAAGGUGACGAUGCUGGAAUUGCUGAAGCUGAGUACAACGACAUUCGCAAUGUCAUUGAACUAGAAAGGAGCUCCGAGAACACAUCAUAUAUCCACAUGUUGUUUGGUAUCAAGUCUGGAAAGCUUCACACAGGCCGAAGAGUGCAGUUGGUUAUGUGGUUGCAAAUAAUCCAAUGCUGGACUGGUAUUGCUGGGGUAACCAUGUAUGGACCAACCAUCUUCCAUAUCGCAGGUUUCGGACCUGAGAAAACACAGUGGGUUGCUGGACUGAACAACAUCUUCUACAUGUUCUCAACCUUGAUUUGCGUCUUUACUAUCGAUCGCAUUGGUCGUCGAUGGACUCUAUACUGGGGUUCGGUCGGGCAAGCCAUCUCCAUGGCCCUCGUCGGCGGGCUUUCUCGUGGAGGCCUAGAUGCUCGAGCAGACGGUAAUAUUAACGUUGCCAACCAGUGGGGAGCUGCUGCUGCGUCGAUGGUGUAUCUAUAUACCUUUGUAUUUGGUGCUACUUGGCUCACUGUUCCUUGGCUCUACCCGGCUGAGAUUUUCCCUAUCCACAUCCGAGCUAAGGGAAACUCUUGGGGUGUUGUUGGAUGGAGCAUUGGAAAUGGCACUCUUACUCUUCUGCUUCCCUACAUUGUUAACGCCAUUAACGAAAAGAUGAUGUACAUCUUUGCUGCAGUCAACGUCAUCAGCAUCCCAAUCGUCUAUGCUUUGUACCCCGAAUCCAACCAACGAACCCUCGAGGAGAUGGAUCUCCUAUUUGCAGCUCCUACCCCCUGGGCCUGGGAUGCGGAGAAGACCUUUGCAGCUCUCAAGGAAGAGAUGGGUGGAGUGGGAGGGCUAAAGGGACAGGGUUAUGAUAUCGAAGCCAAGGGAGAGCCCUUGCCCACCCAACAUGUCGAGAGCAAGUAG